UCUCGUUGCCAAGGCCACGGGAGGAGGUGGAGCCUCUGGAGGCGCGGGAGGUGAGGUGGAAUGGACGACGCCAGUGGAUAAUGAACGCAGCGCAAGAAAAGAAAGUGGUGGAAUAAGAAGGCCCCCAGCGACGCCCGAGCCUCGAGAUGAGAGCUGCAGCCAUGGACGUGAGGCUGGCCUCCGCGUGCUGCCGGUCUCUUUCGUGCUUCCCGUCCCCAUCCGCCCAGCAGGUGCAGGGACCAUGCCGGGGCGUAGCAAUGGCGACCGAAUUAUUGACGUCAAGAAGGCUGAGCCCGUACACAGGGUUUACUCAACGCCUUCUACCUCAAACCUUUUCUUCGACGAAAUUUGUGUCUCUAAGAGGCUUUUGUUUAGAGUCGAAUUAUCCAGCUGGAUCCAAGAGAAGGGCACGAGGACCGAUUAUGGCUGCCAAGAAGUCCGCUGAAGGUGGACUACAGGAAGACAGCCAGUACAAGGAGACUGUGGAUUUGCCACAGACCAAGUUCAGCAUGAAGGCCAAUUCAGUGACAAGGGAGCCAGAAAUCCAAAAGUUGUGGGAGCAAAAGCAGGUCUUGCAAAAGCUUUUGGAAAAAAAUGCUGGCGAAACUUUCACUCUCCAUGAUGGGCCGCCCUACGCGAACGGAGAUUUGCACUGUGGACAUGCAUUGAAUAAAAUCCUCAAGGACUUCAUUAAUCGUUAUCAGCUUCUUCAAGGUCGAAAGGUAAAAUUUGUGCCUGGCUGGGACUGUCAUGGUCUACCAAUUGAGCUCAAAGUGUUGCAGUCGAUGGACGCGGAAGCUAGGAAAGAGCUGACACCAAUCAAGCUCCGGAAGAAGGCUGCUCAAUUUGCUAUGAAGACUGUAGAUCAACAGCGCAAAGCAUUCAAGCGCUACGGUGUAUGGGGAGAUUGGGAGAAUCCUUAUCUCACACUAAGUCCAGAGUAUGAAGCGGCCCAGAUAGGAGUUUUUGGUCAGAUGAUAUUGAAUGGCCAUAUUUAUCGGGGUCGGAAACCUGUACACUGGAGCCCAUCAUCCCGCACUGCCUUAGCUGAAGCCGAGCUUGAGUAUCCUGAAGGUCACACAUCACGCAGCAUAUACGCUGUCUUCAAAAUGACACAUCUGAGCGAGAAGUUCCCAGAGGAGCUAACAUCACUUCUCCCUAGUCUGGGUGUGGCUAUAUGGACCACUACUCCCUGGACGAUGUUAGGCAAUGCUGCUGUCGCAGUGAACGAUAAGCUGACCUACGCAGUUGUUGAAGUACAUCCCAACGCUGCGACGGGAGACGAGGCAAGUGAGUCAGCAAAGAGCGGGAAAGGAAAGAAAAGAAUCGGCUCUGCAUUGGCAGAUCCCAAAGUCCGAUAUCUGGUCGUUGCAGCAGACUUGGUGAAAACUCUGGAAUCUAAAUGGGGAGUUAAACUUGAGAUCAAAGGAACAUUCCCUGGAUCAGCGCUGGAGCUAAGCAGAUACACGCACCCUUUGGAGGAUAGGGAGAGUCCAGUUGUUAUUGGUGGUGAUUACAUUACCACCGAAACAGGAACUGGCUUAGUUCACACUGCUCCUGGUCACGGUCAAGAGGAUUAUAUUACCGGGCAGAAAUAUGGUCUUCCGUUGCUGUCCCCUGUCGAUGAUGACGGCAACUACACCGAAGAAGCUGGAAAAUAUGCGGGUUUGAAUGUACUGGGAGACGGAAAUCUAGCAAUGGUGGAGGCUCUAGAUGAGAAUGAUUCUCUGCUGAUGGAGGAGCCAUAUGUUCAUAAAUACCCAUACGACUGGCGAACGAAGAAGCCUACUAUCUUCAGAGCGACUGAGCAAUGGUUUGCUUCUGUCGAGGGUUUCCGCCAAGCUGCCCUCCAAGCGAUUGCAGAGGUUCAAUGGAUUCCCGCAGUGGGUGAGAAAAGGAUAACGUCCAUGACGGUCAGUCGAUCUGACUGGUGUAUCUCACGACAACGAGCUUGGGGUGUUCCUAUUCCAGUCUUCUACCAUGUUGAUUCGGGUGAACCGCUUAUGACAGAAGAAACAAUCAGUCACAUUCAGUCUAUUAUUGCGCAAAAGGGUAGCGACGCCUGGUUUUACAUGAGUAACGAGGACCUUUUGCCGGAAAAGUAUCGUGGGGAGGCUUCAAAUUACAGGAAAGGCAUGGACACUAUGGAUGUAUGGUUUGAUUCGGGGUCAUCUUGGGCAGCUGUUGUAAAUCAGAGAGAUGGUCUGGAAUGGCCAGCUGAUCUCUACUUAGAAGGCAGUGAUCAGCAUCGAGGGUGGUUUCAGAGUUCACUCCUCACCAGUGUUGCAACGAAGGGGAGUGCACCUUAUAAGCGAGUUCUGACCCACGGGUUUGUCCUCGAUCAUAAGGGCAUGAAGAUGAGCAAAUCUAUCGGAAAUGUUGUUGACCCUCGAACUAUUAUUGAAGGAGGCAAGAAUGCCAAGGAAGAGCCAGGGUACGGUGCUGACGUCUUGCGGCUAUGGGUAGCUAGUGUGGAUUACACCGGGGACGUCAUGAUUGGCCCUCAGAUUAUAAGGCAGACUUCUGAUGUGUAUCGCAAACUUAGAGGGACCUUAAGAUAUCUUUUGUCCAAUCUUCAUGACUAUCAGCCGGAGAAGGCCGUGGCAUAUGAAGACCUCCCAAAUGUUGAUAAAUAUGCCCUCUACCAGUUGUCUACUGUGGUGGAUGGGACAACAGAAAGCUUUGACAAUUUUCAAUUCUACAGAUUUUUUCAGCUGGUGCAGCGUUUUGCUGUCGUUGAUUUGUCCAAUUUCUAUUUUGAUAUCGCUAAAGACCGACUUUACACCGGUGGCACAGAUAGCUAUACACGGAGGAGUUGCCAGACUGUACUUGCAGCUCUCCUUCUAUCUUUAGUUCGAGUGAUUGCACCUGUGAUGCCCCAUAUGGCAGAAGAUGUGUGGCAAAAUCUUCCGUUUGAUUAUUACGACGACAAGAAUAUAAAAGCAGAAACUGUCUUUGAAGCCGCAUGGCCCAAAGUGGAGGAAAAUUGGAAAUCCGUACCAGAAUCAGAUUUGAAGUUCUGGGCAGCUCUUUUGCAGGUUCGCGACGAAGUGAAUAGAGUUUUGGAACAGGCGAGAACUGGCAAGCUCGUAGGGGCAAGCCUUGAAGCGAAAGUAUACGUCCAUUCCUCCAAUCAGGAACUACAUCAACGUCUGCAGGGUUUGACAGGAUCAGUAGAAGGAGUGGAUAGCCUCAACAGAAUCUUUUUAACAUCUCAGGUCGAAGCUGUUUCAAAAAGCGACGGUGAGAGCAUGAACCUUCCUUACUCAGGCAGCUCUGUGAUGGAGGGAUAUGGCGAUCUAUGGGUUGGGAUAUCUCGUGCUGAUGGUGCCAAGUGCGAGAGGUGCUGGAAUUAUUCUAAAGCAGUAGGAACGCUUGAACAUUCCACACUUUGUGAACGCUGUAAUGGUGUCGUGAAAAUGAGGGCAGCCCCAAAAACACCCAUAGCUGUUUAGAUAUAUUUCCUUCGUGGUUUUAAUCGUCUAUUCAUUUCACAUUCCAGUUGUAACAUAAAUUCAUACAAUUAAACACACGACUUUG